AUGAGCACCGGCCGUGUCGCGGCCUACGGGGCCAUCGGCCUAUCCGCCCUCUCCGUGGCCAUCCUCCUCUCGGCCCUCCCCCAACUCAUCAGCCGCAUCUCCGACAUCCAGGCCUCCGUCGACGCCGACAUCGACUCGUUCAAGCGCACGGAAUAUGGCAUCAAGUAUGUUCUAUACUACUUUAAUCAUCUAAACAAUAUGUUC